CUGCUCUCUCAGCUAAAGUACCGACAGCGGGAAUUAUAUAUAUUGCGGUACAUGUCUUGAGCUGAUGUUGCUUUGCUUGUUUGACCAUUCUUCUUAACUAUGGUCGUUUCAAACUCAAAAAAGAAUAUUGAGGGUUGCAAACUACCGGUAAAACUACCGGAUUCUGACUUUUUCCAUAAUGCCGAGAUUUUGGGUACCCGUGAUGUAGGUGAUUGUACAUACUACUACGUUCACUAUGAUGACUAUAACAAACGGCUGGAUGAAUGGGUCAGUGCUGAUCGCCUCGACUUUUCUAGAAUAGAACGACCAUUAAAGAAAUCUACGAAAGAACCUGUUACCCCUGUUUUCAGCUUAUCCUCCACUGAGGAUGAAGUUAUUAGUUCAGCGGAGCUCCGAACUUCAGAAUCGAAUCUGAACCCUCCUCUAAAAUAUCGUAGCUCCAGCUCCUCUAGUUUGACUCAACUCAAAAGAAAACGACCCCCUGACGAUAUCUAUGAAGGACCUAUACAUUUAACGCUGCAGAACGACUUGAAUGAUCUUGUGUUUGAUGACUCUCCAACUUCUUCUGGAAAACCCAGGCAAACAGGUAGUAUGGUUUCUAGCCACCAUGAACAAGAUACUGUUACAAGAAUGAGAAAUCUGGAAUGGAUUGAAUUAGGAAGAUAUCGAAUUAAACCAUGGUACUUUUCCCCAUAUCCACAGGAAUUAGCAAGCGUUCCGUGUGUAUAUAUAUGCGAAUUCUGUUUGAAGUAUUUGAAGAGUUUCACUUGUCUGCGCAGACACCUGGCUAAAUGUACACUAAAAAAUCCUCCUGGGAACGAGGUUUACCGCAAACUGCCUCACAGUUUUUUCGAGAUCGAUGGGCGUAAAAAUAAAACUUACGCACAACACCUUUGUCUUCUUGCGAAACUGUUCUUGGAUCACAAAACUUUAUAUUACGACACAGAUCCAUUUUUGUUUUACGUUCUUUGUGAAGUAGACUCUCGUGGUUACCAUCUAGUUGGAUAUUUCUCAAAAGAAAAAGAAUCCUCGGAAGACUACAACGUGGCAUGCAUCUUAGUACUUCCACCUUUUCAACGAAAAGGUUAUGGAAAGUAUUUGAUUGAAUUUAGCUAUGAAUUGAGCAAAAUUGAAGGUAAAUCUGGAUCUCCUGAAAAACCGUUAAGUGAUUUGGGCCUAUUAUCUUAUCGUUCUUAUUGGGCUCAAACAAUUCUUGAAUUGUUACUAAACUCUAAAGCAACAGAAACUGGUCAGGAUCCAGCGCUAAGUAUAAAUGAUAUUGUUGAUAGAACAUGUAUUAAACGUGAUGAUGUCAUUGCUACAUUAUCUCAUUUAAAUGUAUUAUAUUAUGUAAAAGGUCAACAUGUUAUCUAUUUAUCACGUGACCUAAUACAAGCACAUCAAAAAUCUAUGCAACGUCGUAAUCUAAGAGUUGAUCCAAAAUUAUUAAAUUGGAAAUCAAGAGAUUGGAGUAAACGUGGUCGAUGGUGAAGUGUUGUUUUGGUUUUUGUUUCCAUGCGGAAGGGGGAAUGGGGUGAGGUGGGAGAGGGUAGAGCACAUCAUUCACAUGAAAAAUGAAUUAUACAUAUAUCAAUAUAUUCUUGUGUGUGUGUGUAUUUAUGACCCUUACCCCUUGGUAUCGGUUCUUUUCAUCAAUGACCAAUUAGUAAUUAGCUUUAAUCGAUGUAAUGAUUAUGUACUACUGAUUAUUGGUAAAAUGUAAUGUAAUACAGUAAAGAUCAUGUUUUAAAUGUGAAUCAUUGAAUUAAAUUACUUUUAGUUGUAUUUAUGUUUAUGUAGAUGUGUAACAGGUUAUAUGUUAUUUAAUGAAAAUAAAAUGGAAUAAUCAUAAUCAGU